CAGAGUCUGAAAGCGUGCUAGCAUUAUGCUAAAGCAUACAUUCAAGCUUAGAUUUCUUUAAUGGAUAUUUUUUAAGUUGCGUGUAAAUGAAACAGCCUGGUGUUCGUUAAGUUGCGGCUUUUUGAUUGAAUAAUCUAGGCUUUCCCCAAGUCACAGCGUUAAUGUUAUAUCAAACGAUGCAUGUUAGUAAAUGUAUUUGCUGUUGCGGGAUCAACCAGGUUAAAUGAUAUUCAGUCACAGUUGGCUGAAUAAAGCCACGAUAUCCACACUAUGAUGACUACAAAUCAGUUAUUUAGUAUAUAUUUGACUCUGAUAAUCAGUACAUGUUAUGAUGACUCUACGUCCUGCAAAUUAUUGUCAUGCAUUCAGUAAGAUGGAAACAAUCAAAUGACGUUUGUCUGCAGUAAUCAUUCUUCUUCUGAAAUACACACGGGGACUCACAACUUGCUGCUGGAUGUCUCCAUUCUUCUCCCCAGAGCCACUGGAAUAUAAUCAGUUGCCAUGCGUAUUAGUUUCUGCCAAGGCCUGUUAACUGGUGCCAUCGUCCUCAACCUCCUCAUUCUCUACUAUGUAUCCCGGGCCCAGCAGCAGAUGAUGGAGAGGAGGAAGGACCUUGGCAGAGGCACGAGGAAGGCUGCUCAGCCAGCCUCCGGGAUUGGAGGAGGUCUAGGGGUAGUUGGAGGAGCUGGAGGUGAUCAUGGAGCGGUUGGAAGCGAGGGACACAGUCGAGGCCCACGUGUGACUGUCCUACUUCGGGAGUUUGAAAACUUUGAAAAUUAUGUUGGGGACGUUGCUCAUUCUUUCCUUCAUCAGCGUCCAGAGCUUCCCUUCCUGGCCGUGGCUGAUACGCCUCCAUACCCUCCCCUGGUGCUCCCUGAGGGGGCGAGGCUUCUCAUCCUCUCCCCCAGCCCAAACCAACCACCCCAAGCUCACAGGCCAGAAUUUCAUGUUCAGACGGAGUUUGUGUUGUUGGUGCCCGAUGGAGUGGAGCUGGAGCAACCUCGGGUUAUUGAGAGGUUGAUCAGAGAGUUGGAAGGUGAGGGUGGGGGGCCUGUCAGGUUGGUGGCUGCACCGGUGUUGGUGCGAUCAGCCGUUCAGUGUCUCCACUUGCGGGUGAAUCUCAGAGAAUGGACAGCUACCUACUCACCAGCUGCAUCCGGCAGCAGUGGGAGCGUGUGUACUGCAUUACAAGGGGAUACAGUUGUCCUCAUUCGCACUGAGGAUCUUUUCAACCUCUCUGUCCCUCUUGGUAGGCCCCUUAUUUCAGCACUUUUCGUCCAGACAGCCUUGAGAGGUUGGAAGGUCAAACUGCUGGAAAGCCCCUGUUUCUCAGCAAACCACCGACCACUGUUCAGCUCUGCACACAACCAGUGGAAGGCUGACACUCGACUGAAGGAGGCCACUGGGAAGCUCAUGAGGAGUUUUGGCCUGAAGCGCCUCUUGAUGUCCGAUGGGAAGGAACAGUGGCACGGCUGCAGUAAAGAGACGCCUCGCUGCUUUGGCACUGUGCAAGAUGACACACCAGACUAUCUUUAUUUGGACCGGUGGACACCACCUUGCUGUUUGCGAGCACUCAGGGAAACCACCAAGUAUGUUAUCAAUAUCCUGGAGAGUUCCGGCGUGCGCUACUGGCUCGAAGGAGGUUCUCUGCUCGGGGCCAUUCGCCAUCAAGACAUCAUCCCUUGGGAUUACGAUGUGGACCUAGGCAUCUACCUGGAAGACAUACCCAACUGUGAUCACUUGAAGAACCUGGACUCAGGCUCUCUGGUGGAUGCUAAUGGCUACGUGUGGGAGCGUGCAGUGGAAGGAGACUUUUACAGAGUCCAGUACAGCGAGGCCAACCACCUGCAUGUUGACCUGUGGCCUUUUUACUCACGAAAUGGCGUCAUGACCAAGGACACGUGGACAGAGCACAAACAAGACGUGGAGUUCCCAGAACAUUUCUUGCAGCCGCUGGUGCCCAUGCCUUUUGCUGGCAUUACAGCCUUCGGUCCAAACAACCACAGAGCUUUCUUGGAGCUCAAGUUUGGAGAGGGAGUGAUUGAGAACCCCCAGUACCCCAACCCUGCAAAAAAGCGUCUUGACAGAAGUAAAUUAUGAGACUGACAAUAGAGGCUCAGGUCAUUUUAUGUUGCACUGUAUGUGUUUACUGAAACAACAUCUAUUCUUUGAGCAAUGUUGCCAGAAAAUGAAUACAAGCUGCCAAAAUAUUACUGUUUCCUCUAAAUUCUGUUUUAACAAACAAUUUAAGGAUUAGAGUUGAUCAGAUUUAGUUUGUAGCAAGCACAUGGAUUUCUUUCUCAAGAGAUGUAAACACUUGAGAAAUGUGAAUGCAUAUGCUAGUCUACAAACACCAGGCUCAUUUAAAAAUACUGUUUUUACUGUAUAUACCAAUAAUAUGUUUUAAAGUAUUAAUAUUACUGCUGUGAAGGUGAAUAAUAUACAGUACAUUUAGACAAGGUUUAUGGUUAAGAUUAUCUUCUGCAAGAUUCAAGAUAUUGUGAAAAGUUAAAUAAGUGAUUUGGAUGUAACAGAUAUUUCAUGUUUUGUUUUUUGUUGGAUUUUUUUUUGUUUUUUUUACUGUUUUUUACUAUAUUGCCUUUUAUUGUUUUAUUUUUCAGAUUUGCACAUUUUACGAAUGAAUGUUAUUGUACAAAAACAUGCAGAGAACUCCCAAGCAGCUCAGUGACAUUAAACAACUGGCCACAACAGACACCCAAAACAAAAAUGGCACAAAACUACUAAGAUAUGAUCAAUUUUAACAUGAUUAUAGAUCUCUUGUAGGUCAUAUUGUCUAUUAUGUGGUCAUUUUGCAUUUCUUUGUUUUAAUUUAUUUUGGUGAUGUUUGCAUCUUUUUGGAGCAAUCACCUGUGUCUUUGUGGUCGUUUUUGUGUUGCAUUUUUGGGGUUACAAAUGAAAGCUUUGGAGUUAGUUUUUUUUAUCAAGUAAUUCACAACAUUACAGUAUCAUGAACUGCUCUCCAAAGACUGUUGCAAAAGAUUAAUUCUCUGAAAUUGUAGUGCAUGUUUCCCCCUCUUUGCUGUCACUGUGUGUCUUUGUGAUUAUGUUUACGUCUCUGUCUCCCCACACGUGGGUGUUUUCUAUCAUAUUCUGAUGGUUUAGUGUCUUGUCUCUUACGAUAUUUAUCAGUUUAACCUCAAGGCCAUCCCGUCCCCUUGAAUGUCCUGCAGAAGGUCCAUGGACAGCUCUUUUGUAAUACAAUCUUUGAUCGUCCUGUUGAGGAUGAAGCAUAGCUCUGUAAAGGUUUAGUAUAUAAAUGAGAAUUCUAAACUCAAUUACCUGGAGUAAUUUACCAAAAUAGAACUCGAGGUCACUAUGCAGAGAAAAUGUUUGAUAUUACAAAAACAUCUAUGUCCUCGGAGUACCACUGGAUUUCUGUAGUGCUGUUGCUGCUAUGUGAUGUAUUAAGGUUUACCUCCAUUUCAUGAAAUGAUCAAAUAAAGAAUUCUA